AUAACAUGAUAAUAUGAUCUGUCUUAGUUGCCUACUUUGUGAAAGAGCUAUGGUGUAAGCAUUUUAAUUAUUGAGAAAUUUUUUAGCACAAUACGAUGUGAGCCAUAUUAUGAAACUCUAAUUUCUGUGUGCAGAUUUAUGAUUUACUAAAAGAGAAUCACGUGGUUUGUCUUGUAUGCAGCUUUAACCCCAUCUUACCUUGUGUCUAGGCCUAACCCCAAGUUUCAAUCCGGGGAUUAUUCUGCAAGUGGUUCUUACUUCAAUUAAGGAUUGCGGCUUAAAUUGAUUGUUUUGGGUCUUCUCAGCCAAAACUGGAGAUGCUACCAUCAUCCACUGUUCUGUCUCUCGCCGGUGCUGGCACCGUACUGACAGUGAUUUUUUCCGGCGAAUUGGGUCAUCUCAAAGCCAAGUGUUCUCCCAGACCCAGAAAGGUUUUCAGCCGUUGGUGCAUAAAGGAGCUUUAUUUACAGCAACACUCCAUCAAUGGUUUCAAGUCCAAGAAGCAAAACUCACUUUCAAGCUUCGCAUUCGGUAAAAAAGCCGAAGACAGCUUUUUCUCGGAUGUAAAUGAAGACACAGAUGACAUGUAUGAAGAUUUAAUUAAUAAUUAUGGAAAAGUGGUAUUUAGUAGAAAAGACAAAAAGCCUGCUAGCGCAGAGAUUGAUGAUGAUGCUGAAAGCCUGUCAUUUGCUAUGGAAUUGGCUUCGAUUGCAAGCGAGGUUAAGGCAGCAGAUAUAAAGGUCUUGUUUGUGAAGCCACUUGUUUACUGGACCCGAUUUUUUAUCAUAGCUACAGCAUUUUCCCGUCCGCAGAUUGAUGCUAUCGGGUCCAGGAUGAGAGAUCAAGCUGAGAAAAAAUAUGGAAAAAUUCCAACAGGAGAUACAAAGCCCAACUCAUGGACCCUGUUGGACUUCGGUGAUGUUGUUGUACACAUCUUCCUUCCCUCACAGAGAACUUUCUACAAUUUGGAAGAGUUUUAUGGUAAUGCAACACCGGUAGAGCUUCCUUUUGAGAAUCAACCACCAUUUCGUAGUUGACAGCUCCUUUUAUUUGCCAGUUGUUGUAAAAACUCAAGAUGAUCAAGACAUUUAUAAUGACCAGCUUUGGUUUGUUUACGUGAGUAUGAUGUAGGCUUCCAAUGUCCUUAUUAGCAGGAGUGGAGAAUCAGUCAAUGGGGAAGCGAAAAGGCACAAUUUCACUGCAUUUAGAAGUCUUUUUUUUUCUGAAUUUUUACAUUAGUGGUAAUUCUUCUAAAAAAUCUUUACCAAAUGGGAAUAGAGACAAAUUGUUGAAGUCUGUCUUGAAAUUCGAUAUCUGUUAGUUUGAAUUAGGUGGGUUUUGUAAAGAAAUUUAUUCUUUUUCUUCCAUAUUUAAAACAGGAGAAAGAGAACAAGAAAAUGAUGAUUCAAAGGAAACUUUUGCUCUC